AUGGUCCCUAGGUUCUAUGGCGCCAUCGCGUACAACGGCACCCGGGCCAUGGUUCUUUCCGACAGUGGCGGAGCCCGCGUGGCGAGGCCGGAGGGUGCCGUGCUUGACGAGGAGGACUUUUACCAGCUGCUGUACAAGGCCACGACGAGUCUCACCGACCUGGCCGUCUCGCACAACGACACGAAGCUGGACAACUUGCACCUCGUGACCGAGGACGGCAAGGACAAGAUCAUGAUGGUGGACCUGGAGAGGGUGGACAUGGACCUGUCCGAGGAUAAUUUCGCCUUUGCGGCGUGGUGCAAGGCUGACUUUUUGGCCAGGCAUUAUCGAAGCCACCUGAGGACACUAGAAUAUGAUGGCGUGCUGCUUCCCAAGAGGCUGCUCAAGGAAUAG